AGAGGCAGGGGAGCCUGGAGGCGGGGCUUGGGGAGCUCGCCCCACGCGGGGCGGGGCUCCAGCGGCCGCGGGAUCUGCAGUUCGGACUCCCCGCGCACAGUCGCCGCAGUUCCCUCCACUCUGGUGGCCCCGCGGCCCUGCGGGGAGUCCGGGGGUCGGCUGGCCUCUCGGACUUGGCGCGGGGCUGGCCCCGCCUUUCCCUCCCUCAGUGGGUCCUAGACAGUCAGGACCGCAGGGACAUGGAACCCUCUCCCGCCACGGGGGGCUCGGAGACCACUCGCCUGGUGAGCCCCCGGGACCGCGGCGGCGCCGGUGGCGGCCUGCGUUUGAAGAGUCUCUUCACAGAGCCCUCAGAGCCCCUCUCCGAGCAGCCCAAACCUUUGGAGAUGCCCUUCCACCACUGCCACAGGGACCCUCUGCCUCAGCCGGGUCUCACCCCUGAGAGGCUUCAGGCGCAGAGGCAACUAUGUGCUGCCUGUGCUGUGUGCUGUGUCUUCAUGGCUGGGGAGGUGGUCGGUGGGUAUUUGGCGCACAGCCUGGCCAUUAUGACUGAUGCAGCCCACCUGCUCGCAGACGUGGGCAGCAUGAUGGGCAGCCUCUUCUCCCUUUGGCUCUCUACCCGUCCAGCCACCCGCACCAUGACCUUUGGCUGGCACCGCUCAGAGACUCUGGGGGCUUUGGCCUCUGUGGUCUCCCUCUGGAUGGUCACUGGCAUCCUCCUGUACCUGGCCUUCAUUCGCCUGCUGCACAGCGACUACCACAUCGAGGGGGGUGCCAUGCUGCUGACCGCCAGCAUCGCAGUCUGUGCCAAUCUGCUAAUGGCCUUUGUGCUGCACCAGGCUGGGCCCCCCCACAGCCACGGGUCUAGGGGGGCAGAGUAUGCACCGCUGGAGGAGGGGCCUGGGGAGCCCCUGCCCAUGGGGAACACCAGCGUCCGGGCGGCCUUUGUGCAUGUGCUCGGGGACCUCCUGCAGAGCCUUGGGGUGCUGGCUGCCUCCGUCCUCAUCUACUUCAAGCCUCAGUACAAGGCAGCUGACCCCGUCAGCACCUUCCUCUUCUCCAUCUGUGCCCUUGGAUCCACGGCUCCUACCCUCCGAGAUGUUCUUCGUGUUCUCAUGGAAGGUACCCCCCGAAGUUUGGGGUUUGAGCCUGUGCGGGAUACACUGUUGUCAGUGCCAGGAGUCCGGGCAACUCAUGAGCUGCACCUGUGGUCCCUUACGCUCACUUACCAUGUUGCUUCUGCACACCUGGCUAUUGACUCCACGGCUGACCCUGAAGCUGUCCUGGCUGAAGCCACAUCCCAGCUCCACUCCCGGUUUGGAUUCUCUAGCUGUACCCUGCAGGUGGAGCAGUACCAGCCUGAGAUGGCCCAGUGCCUGCGCUGCCGGGAGCCCCCCCAAGCCUGAGCCACGGCCCCACCCUCACCCCACUGCCAGGCCCAGGUUCAGCCCCGGACUCUCAGCACCUGCCUCCCUGCUCAUGGAGAAGGGACAGAGCUGGGCCCGUACCCCUUACUCUCUUCCUCCUUCCACCUGUCAACUGCCCCGCCCCCAGCCCCAGUGGGCAAGACCAAAGUAUGUGUUGGGGGGUGGGGUGGGAGUCAGGCUGAAUGGGGGAAUCAGUGCACUGGGGGUGUAGAAGUCCCAUGGUCCCUGCUCCCCACCAUCUGAGGAGCCAAGAGUGUCCUUUCCAUACAGUUCAUUUGUCUGUGUGGCAAGCUGGCUGACUGGCUGGGGGCAUCUGCCUGUCUGUGUGCUGUUGUUGUGCCUAUGCCUGGGGGAGGUCAGCAGGGGCCCCCCUCCCCAUCUGGUCCUCGCUCUGUCUAUGCAGGAGCCCCAAAGCGUGCACUUUGUCCGUGUGUUCUAGCCCUGUGGUUUUGUCUUUGUGUGUGUGUGUUUCCUGGUGCUGUGGCCUGUGUGUCUCUGUGCCUGUGUGGCUGUGCUAUGGUCUCUUGAGUCUGCACCAUCCAUGUGUCUGUUUGGGGGUCUGUCUGUCCAUCCCUCUUUUGGUGCUGUCCCCUCGGCUAUCCCAGAGAGAGGGAGGACUCCGCCACAGCUCCACCAAUAAACUUGUGUCUAACUGCAUCUUUCAGCCCCUGUGCUGACUCCUCAGGAGGGGGAAAUAGAAUUGGUCAUCUGGGAACUGAUGGAAUCCCACAGGAGUGAACUUCCACAGCCCUCCUACCCCUUCUCAGCCUCUCCACCUUCUUCACCCUCAAAUAUCCAUUUUGAUGGAGGCUAAAACCCGCCAGGCCCUUUACUACCUUCCCCAGUUGCAGCAUGCUUGAGCCUGGGGCCUUGGCUCAGGGAGAGCCCCCGUGUGCCCUGGGCCUGGCUGCAGAAGAAAUUGGAAGGCAAGAAGCCAAGGGAUCCUGGGGAGUCACUCCUGAAGGCUCCCGCAGGCCACGCUGGCCUCAGGCUGGUUGGAGGGAAGCUGCGUCCCUUUGGGGGAGAGUGGUUGGCCCACGGUGCUGAUGUGGGCCCUGUUCUCAAGUGGUGUAAGGUGCCGGGAGGGCCUCAGUCCCAGUGCCCCGGCCCUGAGUCCAGGUUUGGGCGGCAGACACCGAAGACCUCUCUUACAAUU